GUAAGAGUUUCUGGAAUUGCAAAAAAGAAAGCCAACAUUGCUGUUAUUGUGAACCCGGAUGUAGUUAUUAUUUCCUCGUCCAAGUUAUUCAUUAAUUAUUCAGCACGUCACACCUCCAUGGCAACCAGGAUGGUAACACAGUUAAAAAAGUCAUCAACACAACACCUGUGUCUAAAACUCACCUCAGACAUUAUGCCACACUGGGGCGCCAUUCACUCACCGCUGUGAGCACUUCACAGAAAGCACUGUCGACUCUAAGUCAAGCAUCACAACAACAGCAGUGAGGAAAGCCUAAUUUGGCAGACCUGCUUGGAUUACCAAUGCAAUCUUAAUGCCAAGUAGAUUAUUAAUGAACAGGUGCCUGUCUUCUUUGCAUACACUGUCCGUUGGUUUAAUGAUUCCUGACCUCGUGGUUUUCUUGAUGUGAAAACAUGCCGCGGGUUUGGAUGUAUGGGCAGCACGGGGCAUGUCCAAGCAAGCCCAAGGACACCCCGUGGCUCCUCGAACACACACCCCUUUUCUUCUGUCGCACUUACUAUAUUAGUAUAUUCUUGUUUGAGUAUCCAUCUACAAAUUGUCCAUAUAUUGCUUAUUAGUAUGGACUUUGUUAGCUUAUGUAAAAUGAAUAAAGCAAAGACAGCUCAGGAAACCAACCCAGCCAGGGUGCGAAGGGAUGUUGAGAAUGAGACAGAGUGCACCGCACCACAGACCACUGAGUUUCCUGAAGGCUUCUUCACUCUACAGGAGAGGAAGGAUGGAGGCCUCGUCAUCUAUUUCAUGCUUAUUUUCUACAUGCUUAUGGCUGUGGCGAUAGUCUGUGAUGACUACUUUCUGCCAUCUUUAGAAGUGAUCAGUGAUCGUCUGGGGCUGUCUCAGGAUGUAGCAGGAGCCACAUUUAUGGCUGCAGGGAGUUCUGCACCUGAACUGGUCACAGCUUUUCUGGGUGUGUUUGUGACAAAGGGAGACAUUGGGAUCAGCACCAUCGUUGGAUCAGCCGUCUACAACCUGCUGGGAAUCUGUGCUGCAUGUGGACUCUUGGCCUCUAUGGCAGGCCGACUCAGCUGCUGGCCACUGUUCAGGGACUGCCUGGCAUACGGAAUCAGUGUUGCUGCUGUUAUUGCCAUCAUCUGUGAUAACAAGGUUUACUGGUAUGACGCUGCCUGCCUGCUUAUGGUCUAUGUCCUCUACAUCGUGGUCCUGUGUUUUGACCUUAACAUCAGUGAGUUUGUCCUGAGGAAAAUCAGCCCGUGCUGCACCUGUGUGAUCAGAGAACCUGCUAAGACGGCAGAGGUACAGCCACUGAUGGGCUGGAACGAUGACACCCAUCUUCGAGUGCACAGUCGCUCCAGGACAGACAGCGGGAUCUUCCAGGACGACUCAGGAUACUCUCACCUGUCCCUCAGCCUGCAUGGCCUCAAUGAGAUUCCUGAAGCAGAGCAUAGAAGUGUGUUUUCCAUGCCAGAGAGCGACUUGAAGCGCAUCCUCUGGGUUCUGUCUCUGCCCAUCAUCACUCUGCUCUUCCUCACCAUCCCUGACUGCAGGAGAAGGUUUUGGAAUAGAUGGUUCAUGGUAACCUUCUUCAUGUCUGCUGUCUGGAUCUCAGGUUUCACGUACAUCCUGGUGUGGAUGGUCACUGUCGUUGGUGAGACCCUUGGCAUUCCUGAUACAGUGAUGGGACUCACCUUGCUUGCUGCUGGAACCAGUAUACCUGACACUGUGGCCAGUGUGAUGGUUGCCAGAGAAGGAAAAGCUGACAUGGCCAUGUCCAACAUUGUGGGAUCCAAUGUGUUUGACAUGCUGUGCCUGGGCCUCCCCUGGUUCAUCAAGACUGCCUUUGUGGACCCCAACAACCCUGUAGAUGUCAGCAGCAACGGACUGGUCUUCAUUUCCUGCACACUCCUCCUUUCCAUCGUCUUCCUGUUUGUAGCCGUUCAUAUUAAUGGAUGGAAGUUGGAUUGGAAGUUGGGAUUAGUUUGUCUUUUCUGCUACAUCCUCUUUGCCACUCUGUCCAUCCUCUAUGAGCUGGGGAUUAUUGGGAAUAAUCCUAUAAGACUGUGCGGUGACUGAGAUUUGACCUUCCCAGAACUGGAGCCAUUUUGUUGGGAACUGUUAACAUUCCAAAAACACAACAAAAAUUGUUUAAAGUAUAUAGAUCCUCAAAUGUCAAGACAAGGAAGCAUGAUCCCACUUACAUGCUUUUAGAGAUAGUGUGCUGUAAAGACUUGUGCUGGUCACAUCUCAUGAAGAGGAUGAUCUUUAUAUAUGAGGAAAUGUGCCAAAGAUCAUUCACUUGUGUGUUUCAGUGAAAUCCAGACUGGACUUAUUAUAAAGUGAAGACCAGCUAUCAAGCGCUGAAAUGUCUUCCAUCUUACUCAAGACCCAUAAACAGAAACUAUGCCGCCUCAGGAGUGACUGCAGUGGUCAAAUAAAUCUAGAACUGACACGUCAGAGUUAAGUAAUAAAGGUGUUAACUAUU